AUGAAGAAAUUUGAGUUUUCCUCCACAAGUAAUGACGAAGAGCCCAUUUUCUGCGGAGCAAUUUUCUAUAGCGUCUACAAACAAGCAGAGUUUUUACGUCAGAGUGACAACAUAGAAACUAUACUAUCCAAAGGAUACGAACUGAGGAAAAUGUUGAAGGAAGUUGCACCCGGUCAACGGGUUGCAGUGAGCGGGAUGGUCCUUGCGAAAGACACUCCACUUAUCGUCGUGAAGACCGGUCCAAAUAUGGUUGUUCAAAGUUAUGAGUUCACAGCAAAUCGCCUCACUGGGUUGGUGGCAGCAUAUGCGUUCGACAACCGCUCAAAGUUCCCCGACUUAAAGUCAUCCGAAGCCCUGGCCUUGGGUUUGACAUGGGACAACGGAGACGUAAAGAAGUGUAAGCUAUACCUCUCAGCCGUUUCUGGUGCAGAGCACUUCGACAAACAGUUCCAGUUCUGGCCACUAGUAUGUGGAUUAAGAAAGCUGCAGCUAAAAAAAAUAACCAUCGAACCGAUCAUAAAAAUGGCUAAGAUCAAAAAUCAGAACGGUGUACGAAUGGCUAACCAGCUAAUGAAGAACCUCGCUAUUGUAAAAGAACUUUGGUCCUAUUUCCCUGAAACGUCAAAUGCCGAUUUUAAAAAGCAAAUGGAGUGUUUGCCCCUUGAACUCAAAAAGAUAUUUUUUAAUAUGAAGUGAAAAAUUUGGUAAACAAAAGAGGAUCUCAAUGAGUAUUAUUUGUCAUAUAAGUACUUAUAACCAUAAUGCAUCAUGUUUGACCAUUAUGUAAAUAA